AUGGACAAGAUCCUAUCUGGCCUGUACUCCGCGAAAAAGUCUACCAAGUCCUGGAAGGUUGCGCAGAAGGAGAUCGCUUCGCUAUCUGACGAGUUGGAAACCUGGGCUUUACAUUCCCUGUCUCGAGGUCCAGCUGCGGCAACCGCCGCUACGUCAGAGCACGAUUUGAGUCGAGAGCAGCUGCUACUCUAUCUCUACUACCACAACGCUAAGAUAUGCAUCACUCGACCCUGUCUAUGCCGGCUGGACUUGCGCAUAAAAGGACAGAGCGAAAAUUCGAUUCGAUUCAAUCAGAAAACCGCGGAGGCCUGCAUAGGUGCAGCCUUAGAUAUCACCUCCAUGUUGCCAGACCCUCCAAACCCUGCAUGGUAUUACAGGAAUGGUCCGUGGUGGUGUGCUGUUCAUAUCAUCAUGCAAGCCCUUACGGUCCUACUUCUUGAGCUGUCGCUGGACGGUAUUCACUUGACGGUCGAAAAGUCAUAUAUCACAUCCUGUAUCGACAAGCUUAUACGAUGGUUGACUUCGAUGAAGUCCGUUGACGCAGUCAGCGAGAGCGCAUACAACGCUGUGGCUAGAGUCUUGGACAAGCAGAGCAAACAAGAAGCGGCUCAUCGGCAACUACCCCAGCCACAGCCGACUGGUCCCUACCAACGGCCAUAUGACGCGCAAGAUAUAACCCUUGACCCGCAGCAGCAGUACCAGCCGUACAGUCAGCCUCUUAAAUUGCAACAGUCAUAUGUUGCAUGGCCAAGCGCUGACCCAUUCAAUAGCAACAGCUUCUACCCUCAGUCCGAUACAGACAAUUUCUAUCUCAAAGACGUCUCUGGGUAUGAAUACCUGAACGAUCCUAACGCGGGACUGAUGGAUUUCGGCCAGCCACUCAACCUCUUCUAUGGAAAUCCUUACGAGGCGACUUUCGAUCAAUGGGAAUGGGAUCCGGCAGCGUCUGAGGAUCUCGAUCUGGGACAGCAGCAAGGUCCUAGUGGAGGUCAAAGCAGGUAUCAAGGGUAUAGGCAUGGUUAG